CAAUUUCAAUCGCAACCGAACCCGCAAUCCGUGUGAUUAUGGCUUUAGUGCGGUUAACCAAAUUCGAUACAUGUAAAAAAAAUGAAUCAAGGAAGCUUCUUGCGAAGAUUCUCCAUUUGUCUAUAUAUUAAACUUGUAAAUAAAUAAUUUAUACAUUUUCCCACAAUUUACAUUUUCUAUAUCAUGUACAAAGGUUAAAUAUAGACGGUCAUUUUUUAUCACCGCCUUCGUAUCGUGAAAGUCAUAUAAUAUGUAUAUGCAUGAUAUAUUUAAUAAAAUAAUUGGAUUUUAAGAAAUAAGAAAAUAUUUUAAACAUUCGGAAGAGAUUCUUACUUACCACAAUGGCAGAGGCAAAGAAUGCAGACAAUACGAUAUAUAAUUCUAUAAUUAUCUAUUAUAAAGAAUGUGCUGGAAAAUGGCAAGCCUUUUUGUAUCAUCCUAGUGUUUGUAUGUACGUUCUCAAAUUUAAGGAACAGUUUAUCCAUAACCCAUUUCUGCAAAUAAUCACCUUUGUUACUAUAGCAUCGUUAUUAACACCUAUUCUUCUGUUUAUUGUAUUUGCUAUUAUCUGUGCAAUAUUUGCAUUUAUUGGUUUUGUGAUAAUUCAAGUGACAGUAUUGGCCAUUGGUGUGAGUAUUUUAAGCUGCAUACUUUUCUGCAUUGCGACUACUUUUGUAAUAAUAGGAUUAUAUGUCCUCUUUACUUUUCUUUUUAUUUAUUAUAUAUUAUAUUACACAAAUUAUGCAUUUAAUCUCUUAACUUGGAAGAGUCUGAUAAAUUUUAAAAUAUAGAUUGUUAUAAAUCUU